AUGAUUUUGAGGCAUUUAAACGCGCCGUGCUGCAGUCCCUGUUUUGUCCAUGCGUCUCCCAGGCCCCGCCCCCUCCAGGCGGGCCCCGCCCCUUCCCCGUGGUCCCGCCCCUUCCGCUCGCGCCGCCGCGGCGUGUCCCUGCGCGCUCGCCGUCCGAGGCGGAGCGCCAUGGCGGCGCCGGGGCUCUCCAAGGCCGAGUACCUGCGGCGCUACCUCAGCGGGCCGCCCGCCGCCGCCGAGCCCGCCCAGCCGCGCCGCCGCCGCAAGAAGAAGCCGCCGGGCGGCGGCAGAGGCGGGAUGCGGAUCGUGGAUGACGAUGUCAGCUGGAAUAGCAUUGCUGUGGUCCAGGAGAAGGAGGAGGAAGAGGAUGAAGGGGACAUGCCUGUGGUGGCAGAAUUUAUCGAUGAACGUCCAGAAGAAGUGAAGCUCAUGGAGGAAUUCCGAUCAAAUACUAAAUGGAAACUUUUAGGAGAACAGAAUGAAGAUUCACAAAGCUCGGAUCUUUCAGUACCUGCCAAAUUUACUACAAGGAAACAACGCCAUGACUCCGUGGACGACUCACCACUAAGGCGACUGCGGCACGACUCCCCAGAUCCGUCCCCUCCUGGGCAAGAGCAACGCGACAUCCCCAACCUGUCACCUCCCAAGCGACAGCGCCACGACUCCCCCGACCUCUCCCCGCCGAGACAGAAACGCCACGGCUCCCCUGACCUGUCACCUCCCAGGCGACAGCGCCACGACUCCCCUGAGCUCGCCCCGCCGAGACGGAAACGCCACGACUCUCCUGACCUGUCACCUCCCAGGCGACAGCGCCACGACUCCCCUGAGCUCGCCCCGCCGAGACGGAAACGCCACGACUCCCCUGACCUGUCACCUCCCAGGCGACAGCGCCACGACUCCCCUGAUGUCUCCCCGCCAAGACGGAAGCGCCACGACUCCCCUGACCUGUCACCUCCCAGGCGACAGCGCCACGACUCCCCUGACCUCUCCCCGCCGAGACGAAAACGCCACGACUCCCCUGACCUGUCACCUCCCAGGCGACAGCGCCACGACUCCCCUGACCUCUCCCCGCCGAGACGGAAGCGCCACGACUCCCCCGACGUCUCCCCGCCGAGACGGAAGCGCCACGACUCCCCCGACGUCUCCCCGCCGAGACGGAAGCGCCACGACUCCCCCGACGUCUCCCCGCCGAGACGGAAGCGCCACGACUCCCCCGACGUCUCCCCGCCGAGACGGAAGCGCCACGACUCCCCCGACGUCUCCCCGCCGAGACGGAAGCGCCACGACUCCCCCGACGUCUCCCCGCCGAGACGGAAGCGCCACGACUCCCCCGACGUCUCUCCAAAGAAAGUCAGUUCAGCAAUGGGAAAAAAAGCCUGCAAAGCCACAGACAAGUUGCUGUCAGGGGGAGUCCCAGCAGAGCAAUCUCACCUCAAGCACAGCUCCUCUGACAAGCCCUCUUCACGUCAGAAGGGGAAUGUUACUCCUGAUUUGUCCCCUCCCCGGAAAAACAGAUAUGAUUCUGACCUAGACUUGUCACCACCUCGGAAAAAGAGGCCCGGGUCACCUACUCUGAAAAAGCCGAGUAGAACUAGAGGUGCUUCUCCAGCCAGUAGAAAGCUCAGGCAGAUUCCCUCACCUCAGAGGUGCUUGAGACAUGACUCUGAUUCUUCAUCUCCACGGAGGAGUUCCCGGAACGCCUCAGAUUCGGACCUUUCUCCCCAGCGGAAGAAUCGCAGGCUAGGCGUGUCACGCCAUGACUCCCCUAAACGCGGUCCUCUUAAAAAGAAUCAUAGGAAGCCUUCAGACUCCGAUUCGUCUCCUCCACGAAGGACGCUGCCAGCUGGAAAGGAGCAGGACGGUUCAAGGAGUCCUCCUGACCUCUCGCCUCCUCGUCGCCACCGUGACACUGAGGAAUCUUCCAAGAAGGCAAACAUGAUGUUAUCUGGGAGCAAAGCUGGGUUGGUGUCAGCUGAUGUGCUGCGGAGGGAACAGCAGGAGCUCAAGAGACACGAGAGAAAUAACAAGCACUUGGAAGAGGAAUCCCGGCACUCUGAGACCGUCUUCCGAGACAAGUCAGGCCGCAAGAGGGACCUUGCGCAGGAGCGACUUGAGCAGAAGCAGAAAGCUGAAGUGAAGUCUGAGAGAGAUGAACAAUAUGCCAAAUGGGGAAAGGGGCUAGCUCAGGGGAGGCAGCAGCAGCAGAAUGUGGAAGAUGCAAUAAAAGAGAUGCAAAAGCCAUUGGCCCGUUAUAUUGAUGAUCAGGAUCUGGAUCGAAUGCUACGAGAGCAAGAGAGAGAAGGAGACCCCAUGGCUGAAUUCAUCAAAAAAAGGAAGGCCAAAGAGAACAAAGACAAGAAAGAGAAACCUAGGUACAAUGGACCAACACCUCCACUCAACAGAUUCAAUAUAUGGCCUGGGCAUCGCUGGGAUGGUGUGGACAGGUCCAACGGAUUUGAGCAGCAGCGCUUCGCCCGGAUAGCCAGCAAGAAGGCAGUUCAGGAGCUCGCCUACAAGUGGAGCGUUGAGGACAUGUAGACGAGAGAACUAACGGUGUGAAACGGAGCUCCUGAAUCAAUGUUACGGAGGUUCAUGUACUGCCACUGCCAGAGCUGUAAGUAAUGGCUCGCUCUGCCUGGACCAAGUGCCAUCCUCAACAUUCAGUGUCCCAGUGGGGAGGAGAGGCUGAAUUUAGAGGGGAGCUUACGGUGCUCCUGAAUGAGGGUUUCCUGUCACCCAGAGGGGAUGAACGCAGAGAACGUCAGCAGCGUUACUUGGAGCAGUGCAAUGGUUGAAUGUGCUGGAGAGGUGUGGUGACUGCUGCCUGCAGAAGUACUUCUGCUCCCUGGCAUGAGGUGCUGCGCACAGAUUGGUUCCUGGCCUGUUUAUUUGUCUUCUCACAAACUGUAUAAACUCUAUGCGUAGUUGUUUUCUGCCAAAUGCUUUGUCCUCUGAAGAUGGUUCACAAAUUUUCAGGUGUCCUAAAUCUCAGGUUUCUUCAUGGUUAAAGUAUGUUGAAAAAGCAGUCACUGAAGAGCUACCUUGUCCAGUAGUUCAGCCUGUUCCAGAAUUCAGUUGCAGUUUCAGCUGUGGGCAAAUUCUUCCAGAGAGCAACUAUCCCCUAAAAGUACUUAAUAGUGUGAGCUGAUUUGCCUCUGGGCUGAUAUCCGAUCUCCCUCACGUCCUUGCUAGGAAGCCCAAAGUGCUUCUGAUAAGUGUAUGUGGUUAUCAUGCCUUCUAGUUCAUGGAGUCCCUGACUUGCAGUGAAGUUUGUAAAGCUAAGCCUCUCCUCAUCCUAGUCCAAGUUGUGCUGGAUGAGUCUGUCUGUGGCAGGAAGCCGCUCGCUGUAUGUCACAAAUGUUCUCUGCUAUAAGAGCUGAGAGAACCUGCAAUGUCGUAUGUGACAACAAAGUUUUUAGGAGCCCUGGCAACUCUUUGGUGGUCAGUUUCUUCUGGAAAAAUACACAGGGGAUUUAAAAUGUUUUCCCUGACUUACUUUCUUUGGAGUAUCUCCUGGCCAUGGAUUAGUGCCCGCAGACUUCUCUCUGAAGAGUUGCUUAGAAGCAGUUCCUUAGCACUGCUGCCCGGAGGCUUGUUUCAGUGCGAAAUGUAACCCCUCUCGUGAUCAGAUUGGUCUGGGCUUGGAGCUGGAGGCCAGAGAGUUGCACUUGAUCUCAGCUUGCAAGAAAGCACUUCUGGAAAUAAAUGCAGUUGUUCUUGUUUAUGUACCAGAGAGCAUCUAUUAAAUGCAGCCAGCAGUUUCCAGGGAGAUCCCUUGUCAUUAACAGGGUCAGGGGCCAGUCAUGACAGUAACUCUUUGCAGUGAUUCUCACAGAGAAGGAGAGGGUAUGGGUGAGAAGUACAGUGACAAAGUUCUCUCUGGAAUUUGCGAGUCUUGAUACUUUCUUCCCUGUUUUUUAAUUCACUGUGUUACAUUUUUAGCAAUUCUGGAAUCUGUGUGUACACUUGUAAAUAACAGCUUUCUUUUUUACUUGAUUCUGUGUGUUGCUGGAUUUUUUUCUAAAGCAGAGACAAGGAGAAAUAAAUAAGUGUCAGCCUGCUA